AUGAAGAGCAUGAAAGGCCUCUUGCACACGACCAGCCUGCAGGAAGCCCAAGAGCGACAGCAAGCUUCUUAUGGUCCGGCUCCUCUUGCGGGCCAGAAGCGAAGCUGGUCAAACAACGACGGCGACCCAAAUGAGCGGGCACACGUGUCCAACGGCCUCGUUCAGUUUCAACGUGCCGUCAGCCUCCCUGCGGCUCCAACCCGUUUGUCCGCGAGCAGCAUUGUGAGUGCGCGGAGUCAGACAGACACAUCCGACUACUCUCAGCGAAGGCUACUAGCAGCCACGCCGACCUCGUCCCGGGACCCAGAGCUGGACCUUGCCCACCGCACAUACGAUCUGCCAUCCCAGCUUGUCCGCAACCUUGCCUCCCUAGUGUUGCUGCUCAAGCGAGUAUUGGGUGAGCCUGGCUGCAAGGCACUUCUCGUGCUCCCCUACGUCGCCCUGGUCCAAGAGAAAGUGCGUUGGCUACGGAGCGUCGUGCGCGACCUGCGUCUGCCGGAAUGCCCGUCAUAUGACGAAGCAAAAGGUCCGUGGCGUCGACGUGCCGAUGAAGGAGCCAUUCGAGUAGUCGGUUUCUUCGGCGGUGGCAAAGUCAGGGCGACGUGGGACGAUUUCGAUAUCGGGGUGUGCACCCUGGAGAAGGCUCGUCAGCUUCCCAGCACAGGCGUGACACCUGCUAAUUCUUUGCAGGCCAAUGCUCUCGUGAACCAAGCUAUUGAUGACUGCUCAAUUCCUAAGCUUCGAGCCGUUGUGCUAGACGAGCUACACAUGAUUGAUGACGAUCACCGUGGGUACCUGCUGGAGCUCAUAGCUACGAAACUUCUCAGCAUCGAGCAGCCCAUACAAAUUGUAGGCAUGAGUGCCACUCUACCGGUCGACUUGGACCAGGUCCUGGAUCUCAUGCGAGCUGAGAUACCCGAAGUUUCAAGCUGUCUGAAUACCGAAAAUCGGCGCAUACAGCGCGCACUUUUGGAGGUAGUUUCGACGCGACUGGCUACCAACCACGAGUCAAUUUGUGACUACUUCUCGAAGUCGCUCCUUAGUCACUCGCACGGAGUAGAAUUUGUGCACGAGUGUCUUGAAAAGAGCCUGAUAGAGGUCCAGAGUAUGGGUCUCGCAACCGGAGACACUGCAGACGGUCUCGUUCCGACUCAAUUGGGAAGGGCUAUUGUGGCCUCUGCAAUUGACCCUGAUGACGGAGUCUUCGUCCACCGCGAACUCACGAGGGCGCUUAGAGCCUUUGUGAUGGACGGAGAGAUGCACAUCUUGUACGUCUUUACGCCGGUUCAAGACUUCGGCGUAAUUGUCAACUGGCAAGUGUUCCGCAACGAGAUGGAGGCACUGGACGAAAGCGGCCUGCGUGUGAUGAAUUUCUUAGGGAUCAAGCCAACCUCUAUCCUCAAGCUAGCCCAGGGCGCGACUUUGAAGGAGAACACGUCAGAGGAGAAAGAACUGGCCCGUGUCUACCGGCGUUUCUACCUCGCACUCCAGCUGCGGGACUUGUGUAAUGAAACUCCGAUACAUGUCGUUUCUCGCAAGUACGACGCGCCGCGUGGUACAGUCCAGACCCUGUCCCAGACAUGCCAGGGCUUCGCUGCAGGGAUGAUCAAGUUCUGUGACACCAUGGGAUGGGGCGUCAUGGCUGCAGCCCUUGAGCAUUUCUCGGAUAGGCUCAUGGCGGGCGCCAGGGCGGAUCUCUUGGCCCUGGCAAAGAUACCAUUCAUCAAGAGCCGGACGGCCCGAGUCUUUUGGGAGAGUGGCUACCGGAGCGUCGCAUCUAUUGCCAAUGCUGACCCCAAAGAAUUGCUCCCCGUGCUCAUGCAGGCGCAGCCCAACAAGAUACGCUUGAAGGGGAGAAACGACGAAAAACUCGAGGAGAAGUUACUGGCAAAGGCCGAGAUUAUCACUACGGCAGCUAAUCGACUCUGGCAAAUCCAGUUGCAGGCAGAGAUGGAGGAAGAGUAG